CACUUCUUUUCUACCACCUGCUCUUACUUGUAACCAUGCGUCUGCCGUUCAGCCGUAACAAAAAGUCAAAAAAGCCUAACGAGUCCUUUGACAAACUGCCAGGCGACGAUGCACAUUCCUAUGCCUCUGAUGGCAGCGACAUCGCCAAUGACGGGACCGCCCGCGAUUCCCUCUCCAAACCCAACCUCGGCGACAUCGCCGGGCAGCCGGUGCACAGCUUGACCAGCCGGCAGCGCGGGCUGUCAAACGGCAGCAUCGGGUUCUCAGUGACCAGCGUCGGACGGCCGAUAUCCACCGUGCUAUCGAACCAGCUGCACUCGCCCUCACACGAUCUGCAGCUGGCGCAGCUUGAGGAGGAGCUGGAUACGAUCAUGGACGAGAUGGGUCUGGAGGGCGAGCAGCGGAUGAACAUGAAGGCGAUGCCGGUGGACAGCAAGCUGCAGUUGAUCCAAACGCACAAGAUGACGAGCCACGCCCAGAGGCUCAUCACGCCGCUGUCGGAGCACCUGAAGAUUCUGACCAAGGCCGGCACGCAGUCGCUGCCACGGUCGCGACUGGAGAAACUGCGCGUGGAUAUUUCGUACCAGAGCGUGCAGCAGAUCCGCGGCUUCAUCGAUGACGGCGGCCUGAAGGUACUGCUGAGCCAUUUGGUGCAGCUCAAUAGCCGCAAGACUGCGCUCCGCCGCCAGGACGAGCUCAUGAAGGAGCAUGAGCUGCUGAGGUGCAUUCUGGGUGCGAUCAAAGUGCAGGCGGGUGCCGAGUAUGUGACCGACGGGACAUCACACCUGCGCCAUAUCCUGAACUCGGUCGAUCCGCGCUGGCUGCAGUGCUCGACCGUGGCCCUGCGCAUUGUCUGCUAUCUGCUGCAGCUGCAGAGCCUCGAGUGCUCGGACGCCGUGGUGGCUGCAUUGUUCCGCAGCGACGACCUGUCGGAUCCCAACAAUAAGCGCUCGGCCUUUGUCGCCUGGAUGGAGACCGUGGAGACCGCGGCUGGCGAGUACAGCGUGGCUCAAGGCAAGGACCUGGUGGCCGAGUCGAAUAUCGUCGAGUUCAUGUCAUACACGCUGAUGCUGAUUGGGGCACUGCUGGACAACAACCACGAGGAUCUGGCCCUGAGGGUCAAGCUAUACAGCAAGUUUGGCGACCACGACAUGUUUGCCCUGUUCAGUUCGCUCAGGAGCUGGGGCGUGUCGGUCAUUGACUCGCAUCUGAACCGCUGGGACGAGGUGCUGCGCCGCGACUACAACAUCGCGCGAUCGAUGAAGCCUGGCCAGAUCCUGAUGGAGAACAGCCGAGACAGCUCAGUCAUAGACAGUUCGGCAUUCAAGACUUUUGUGGAGCGAUACGAGAGGGCUAGGGAUGCCCACCUCAUCGACCAGUCAGACGACGAUGCCGACAGCUACCUCAACAUGAACGUGUCCACAUAUGCGAUCCCGACGGCCAAUAGCGAGACCACCUACGAAAUGCCCGCGGCCCGGUUCGACUCGACGCGCUCAGUCCCACAAGUCUCGCACAGCGACCACCCCUCGCCCAGCAACAAUAACCCGUUCUUCCACAGCCUGAGCAACUCACCGCGGCCGCUGUCGACGUCGGCGGUCGACGAGAGCCAGGACGUGGAGGCGCAGAGGGCGUUCCCGUUCACCAUGCAUAACCGCAGCCGCUCGAAUGUGGCGGAGACCGGGAGUCUCCGGGCACUGCGGGCGCCGGGCGCGUCGCCGGGCCCAAGAGCCGCCAUUCCACCGAUGACCCCGGCCAAGAGCCCGGCGGGCCCUGUGGGAUUGGCGAAGAGCGCAAAUGUGCUGCUGCAGAAGUCGCUGGCAGCCAUUGCGAACGACGGCAAGGGACUAGCGCUGGGCGAGGCAAAGGAGCUGUAUCGUGAGUUGCUAGCAAUCUCGCAGGUGACGCAGGAGCUGCUAGACACCGUGGAUCUGGCAGAGUUCAGCAGCAAGCAGUAAUGGACUAAUCUCGGUCACCCAUCAUCGCUGUAACCUCGCUGGCCCUGCUUUUGAAGUACUCUAGCCUGCUUUUCUCUCUUUGCAAAUUUUCAUUACUUUUUCCUCGUUCUAAUUUCAGUUUCUUUUUUUUUUUU